AUGACAAUCAACUACGCACCUGAACAGGUUAAUAUGAUCAGGUCAGCUCUCAACCAGAGUUCCGGAUUCGAGGGUACAGACUUCUGGGUAAGACUUUGGGGGAAGGGGCGUACGCCAAGGUCAGUCUCGCUGAAGUCUCGGCAGCCAGACUCGCUCGAUGUAAGGGGACUGUCUGACAGUCUGGAUAGCAGCAACCCUUUGGUUGCCAUCAAGGUGAUCAACAAGAAGCUUGUGCCGAAAGAAUUCCUUCGGAAGUUUCUUCCCCGCGAACUUGACAACCACUCCAUGCUUCCCCAUCACCCACACGUGGUUCAAGUGUUUGAGAACUUCUCCACGGCCGACCAAGUGUACCUCGUCCUCGAGUAUUGCGAGAAGGGGGACCUGUUGGACAUGAUCAACAGAAACAUCAGCAAUAACCAACACGGCAUCGGCGAGGACCUCACGAAGAAGAUCUUCAAACAGAUGAGCCAGGGAGUGCUGCACAUGCACAACAACGCCAUCGUACACAGAGACCUCAAGUGCGAGAACAUCCUCAUCACAUCUGGCACAACAGUUAAAAUAACAGAUUUUGGGUUCUCCUGUCGCUUUCAAGACCGGAACCUGCUCCUGAAGACUUCCUGUGGGUCAUAUGCGUACACAGCACCGGAAGUGAUCAAGAACAAGCCUUACGACGGAUACAGGGCUGAUGCCUGGAGUCUGGGUAUCAUCCUGUUCGCCAUGGUGAACGGCCGUCUCCCCUACAACGACAGUCAGCUCAGCGAGAUGGACGAAGACAUGAGAAUGCAGAGACUCAGAUUCGAGCGUAACGUCUCAUUUGAUUGCAUGGUGCUGAUACGGAAGAUGCUUCAGUACAACCCCCUGCUCCGCCCCGCCGUGGGUGAAGUGUUGGCAGACCCCUGGCUCACGGGCAAGAAGCCCAUCCCCCGCCAGCUCAACAAGCCCAAGUGGAUUAAUCCGUAUACGGCGAGCAAAGGGGAAGAUGUUAGCCCUGAGAAGGAGCAAUUGCGUGUGGAUGGCGCUGCUUCCAAAAAGAGCAGUCCGCCAUUGUGUUACCAUGGUGAUAAUCCAGAUAGAGGCCGGUCGAACUCCGCUCCAAAGUCUACUGUGACAAUCAACCAGAGAAUGGGGGAGACAGUGACUCUGAAGAGCCGGGGCAAGAACCAGAAGUUUCAAGGAACGGAGCCACGUCCUCAAACAUGGCCGAAGACCGAGAAGGAGCGGAAGCAGGAAGACAAACAGCUGGUUAAAAGACGCGGUAAAACUGCACCGCCAAGGAAGGACCAAUCACAAGCCACGGCUCGACUUACCAAGUUGCUGGAACUGACCAAAGAGAGAGCGCCACGUCAGAAGGCGGGACAAGAACACGGUCAGAAGAGUGUGCCUCUGUGGUAUGUCUACAAGAUCCUUCAAAACAGCUGCAAACAGAACAGAUGGAGCGAAAACUCCAUUAGUCAACAUGGCGGCAACACCGGAAGUCAACAGAUGGUCUGCAGUGCAGUGCCCCUAGCGGACCCCGCAAGCGGUACAAAACUUAUGGGAGGGGUGCGAAGAACGGUGGAGGAGUGGUGAAGCUUCACGUGGACACCACAAAGAGUGCUGUCAUGGACAAACUUGCAAAAAGCAACGAGACAACAUCCAAUGAUGAAGCCGGGGACGCAACUCCAGAUACAAAGCCGGUCGCCACCCAACCACCACAGGAAAGGCACUCACCAGCCGAUAGAUCCACAAGCUGCAGGGAGAGGUUCCUCCGAAUUUAUGGACCAAACACGCCGGCAUACAUUAAUGAAUUUCCAUUGCCGCCUUUGAUGGUUCAGCGUCUUCAGAUUCAGAACAAUAAUCCCAAGGGAGGGAAGAAGAAGCCUUGCAGUGCUCCCGUCACCGGAAGUACUCCACCGGAAACACGACCGCCUUCAACAGAUGAAGGCGCAGUCCAAAAACCUAGUUCUGCGCAUGUCAAACCAGUCUACAAAGUUGUUUAUCACACCUCUGUAUGAAUCCAUUAUCAAAAGUGUUUUGUUGUUAUUUAUUUACUUGUGCAUCAGUGGAUCAGUGCAAUAAAU